UAUUAUAUUACUAUAUUGUUAUCUAGUAUUAUAAUACUUGUCUAUGAUAUAACCGUUGAAUUGUGUGUGUUUGUUGUGUGUAUGUGCUUGUGUUGUGGUAUGAGCGGCGGUGGUGGCACAGCGGUAUUUUUCAUACGUGCUUUUUUAAUAAAACAAAAUUAAUUAUACUUCUACAAUAUUUGCUGACGGUGCUGCCGGUCGGUUGUUCUCAGUGGUCACGAUUGUGAUAUUUUACCUAUUUAGUAUUUUUAUUCAUAAUAAUAGAUAUUACAGUAGAAUAAUUUACCUAUUAAACGUGUCGCCUAACGCGAUUUCUAAAGUAUACAAAUGCAUAGGUAAUCUUUUCUAGUUCUGCUUGUUUAAAUUAAAAUAAAUAUUCCUUUUCGAUUAAAUCGUUGUUACUGUUUUUUAAUAUAAAUUUACAUAAUAUAAUAUUGUACUGGUAACGUAAACGCUCAUAUACAUACUGAAAACUAGGAUGAAAAUACCAUCUUAGCCAGACUGUCUGCCGUUACUACACAUCAGCUAGAAUACUUCUUACGACUAAAACCUAAUCUUCAAACUCCGCCUUCAUCAACGAUUUGUUUGCAUUACAAAAUAUUAAUAUGGAAAAUGCAGCAAUAUUAUCAGCUUUUAAAACGUUAUCAUUUAUUUAUGAUGUCAUAACAUAUCCAGUAUAUUUAGUAGUACAACAACCAUGGAGAAAAAAGAACAAAUCAGAUGCAAUAAAAUCAAAAGUUACAAAAAUAGAUGAUAGCUCAAUUCUUAUUCAAACUGUUAGUGACCCCUCUCCUGGUCACCUGAAGAUAGUUAAGGAACAAAUAGACACAUUAUAUAAAGUAUUCCAAAACGCUGUUGCUCAUUAUCCUGAUUCCAAGUGUUUGGGAACCAGACAAAUUUUAGCUGAAGAAGAUGAAGUUCAAAAAAAUGGAAGAAUAUUUAAAAAAUAUGUCAUGGGAGACUACCAAUGGAUGACAUUCAAAGAAGUAGACAUAGCGUCGGAUUAUUUUGGAAAUGCUUUGAUUUCACUUGGACAACAACAUAAAUGCAAUAUAGCAAUAUUUGCUGAAACCAGAGCAGAAUGGAUGAUAGCCGUUCAAGGAUGUUUUAAACAAAAUUUUCCCGUUGUAACUUUGUAUGCCACUCUUGGCGAUGAUGCUGUUGCCCAUGGUAUAAAUGAAACAGAAGUGACUGUUGUAGUUACGUCACAUAAUUUGUUACCAAAAUUCAAAAACAUCUUACAGCUCACUCCCCGAGUAAAAACAUUAAUCUACAUGGAAGAUCAGUUGGCUUCAACUGAUACUAGUGGCUACAGUGAUUCCGUAGAAAUAAUUUCAUUUAAAUCUAUAUUACAAAGAGGAGCUGAAUUCACAGUUACUGAAAAUCAUUUACCAGUAACAAGUGAUAUUGCAAUUAUAAUGUACACUAGUGGAUCAACAGGAGCCCCAAAGGGUGUAAAUCUUUCACAUACAAAUCUUAUUGCCACACUUAAAGCGUUCAAUGAUGCUAUUGACAUAAAUUAUCAGAAUGACAUUUUCAUGGGCUACUUACCACUUGCACAUGUUUUCGAAUUACUCGGAGAACUUUCUUGUUUAUUCUUUGGUGUUCGAAUCGGUUACUCGACUCCUCUCACAAUGAUUGAUACUUCAAGCAAAAUAAAACGUGGCACAAAAGGUGAUGCUCGUAUAUUGAAGCCAACAAUUAUGACAGCUGUACCCCUUAUUUUAGAUCGUGUCUACAAAGGCAUAAAUGAAAAGAUAUCUGGCGGUUCAACAUUCCAAAAAACUCUUUUCAAAUUUGCUUUUGAAUAUAAGAUGAAAUGGAUGGAACGUGGUUUUCAAACUCCACUGAUGAAUAUGUUAGUAUUUAAGAAAACCAGUGCUUUAAUGGGUGGCCGAUUGCGAUAUAUUUUGUGUGGUGGUGCUCCUCUUUCACCUGAAACCCACACUCUCAUCAAAGUAUGCCUUUGUGAAACGGUUCAACAAGGUUAUGGAUUAACAGAAACUAGCUCGUGUGGAUGUGCAAUGAGCCGAGAAGAUAUGUCUACGGGUCGUGCAGGUGCCCCAUUAACGGUCAAUGAUUUUAUUUUAACUAGUUGGGACGAAGGUGGUUACACGGUCACUGAUAAACCUUAUCCCAGAGGCGAAAUGAUAAUUGGAGGUGAAAAUGUAUCACCUGGAUACUACAAAAAUCCUCAAAAAACGAAAGAAGAGUUUUUCGAAAAAGAUGGUAAAUGGUGGUUCAAAACUGGUGAUAUUGGAGAACUAGAAUUUGAUGGAGCCAUAAAAAUUAUAGAUCGUAAAAAAGAUUUAGUCAAACUACAAGGUGGUGAAUACGUGUCUUUGGGUAAAGUUGAAUCUCAGCUCAAAACUUGUCCAAUUGUAGAUAAUAUAUGCAUUUAUGGAAAUCAUUUUAAGACUUACACAAUUGCGAUAGUUGUGCCCAAUAGCUCACAUUUAUUAGAUGUGGCUACAAAACUAGGUAUUGAAGAUGCUAAAAAUAUCAAUCCUGAAGAACUGUAUGCAAACCCAAGGCUAGUAAAAGCUCUAUUAGACGAACUGACAGCUUAUGGGAAAAAAAAUAAACUGGAAAGGUUUGAAAUACCUACAGCUAUAAAAAUAUGCACUGAGAUAUGGACCCCAGAUAAUGGUCUGGUAACGGCAGCUUUCAAAUUGAAACGAAGAGAGAUAUAUGUAAAGUACCAAGCUGACAUUGAUAGUUUGUACCAAUAAUAAUAUAUUUACUUGGCGUUACAAGAACCCAAGUAAACAUUUUUUUUCUACUUCUAUUAGUGUAUUAUUUAUUAUAUAAAUGCAACUUUUUUUUUGUGUUUAGUAAUGGCUCAUUAGAUAGGUAAAUAUUAAUAAAAUAUUGUUACUAAAUUCUUUAAGGUGUAAUUUAAUUUAUUAAAAACUGUGUUGAACUACAA